GCAUGACAGUUACUGGAAAGCAGUUGAAUCAAAGCAAAAUCGAGAUUUCAUACAAGGAGUGAGACACUCCUGACAGCGUGCUGAAGGAAAGCUGAAGGAGCUGCAAUCAGCCUGAACUCUGAGAUUUAAGGUGAUCUUGCUCACCUGGAAGCUGCUGACGAAAGCAUGGACGUGGACAUCGAGGGGAUUAUCCAGCGCAUCAAGCAGGGGGAUGAGAACGGUGUUCAGAUGCAACUGCAGGAGUUCAACAAAGAGUACGCCCAGUGCUUCUUCUUUGAUGCAGACGAGAGGGAGAAAAGGAGGCAAAGAAAACUAGAAGAGUUCAGGAAGAAUAAAGUGAGGGACUGUGCUGAUUCUGACUCCGACAAUGAUGACUUUGAGCUGGAAGAUCGAGGUCUCAUCCUCAGACAGAAUUUAGCUGUCGUCAUUGUGAGGUUCAUGAGAACAGGAGUCAAACGCAGUCUGCUCAGAGUAUCUCUGCACUCACUAAGGAUCCUGACCAGGGACAAAAGGAUCCUGGGCCAUCUGGUGACAGACAGCACUCUGCUGACAUUGGCCAAACUGGCCGGCCUGACUACAAAUGAUGCCAGUGAGGAAGUCAACGACCCUGAUUCUGAUUUCUACGACAACAUCAUUGCAUCCCUCGCACAGGCCAAACUGCUGCAGAGGUGUGCUGAAGAGGAUGAGUGCGAGGGUGAGGCCAUGGACCCACUGGAGGAGUUCCCUGCUGUGGAUGAGGACUCCAAGAGCGUCACCAGCAACGUUUACGGUGGCGAUCUGGACAGCAGCAGCUGGUUUGGAAGUCACAGGACCAGCAUCAACGAAAUGCACAAAGGGAACAUCCACCAGAAGGUGCUGGAGCGAGGGAGGAGAGACCGCAGAGAGAGCAAGAUGGAAGGGGAAGGAGAGGAGGAGGAAGGGGAGCAGGGAGAAGAGUUGCUGAAGAAGGAGGCCAUGAAGGUUCUGUGUAAUGUGGUGUACAACAGCACCUGGGCUCAGGAGAGGUUCAGCGCUCUCAGGCUUCUGAGUGGUCUCAUUGAGUGUCUAUCCUCCAGCGUCAACUGGCCAUCUCCCUCCAGCGUUCAGUUCUACGAGCUACGCCUCAUGUUCCUCAUCACUGCACUAAGACCCGAACUCAGUGCUCAGCUUAAACAGGAGGGCGGGGUUCCCAUCCUCACAGCAGCCCUGGAGAGCUGCCUGGAGGUCCAGUGGAAGGAACCAUACGAGUGUGUGCUGGAGCCCGUGGCUCCACCCAUCUCUCCGGAAGCCUCGCAGCGCAUCGUAGAGAUCCUCAAAAUCCUCUUCAACAUCACAUACAGGACCCACAAGCAGGAACCAAGUGAGGACGAUGCGGCUCUUUACCGACACCUUGUGGCCAUUCUGCGUCUCUGCUUGAUGAGGAAGUGUGUGCUGCCUGAGGACACCGACGAGUUACAGGGUCACACAGUGAACCUGCUGACGGCGCUCCCUCUCCAGUGUCUUAAUGUGCUGCUCACACUGCCUCUGGAGCCAGAAUCCAAGCGAAGUCUGGGAGUCAACAUGGACUGUGUCCACACACUGCUGAUGUUCAUGGAGAGGCGUCUGGAGGCGGGGGAUAGAGUCAAAGAGAAGCUGACACCAAUCCUCAAUCUGCUGACAGAGAGCUGCAGGGCCCACAGAGAAACUCGCCUGUUCAUCAGGAAACAUAUUCUUCCUCCUCUGAGAGAUUUAUCCCAAAGACCAGAGGAAGGAGACAUGGUAAAAAGUCGCCUGGUUCGUCUCAUGACUCAUUUAGACACAGACCUUAAACAUUGUGCUGCUGACCUCCUCUUUGUCCUCUGCAAGGAAAAUGUGCGGCGUUUUGUCAAGUACACUGGCUACGGCAAUGCAGCGGGUCUGCUGGCCACAAGGGGACUGCUGGGUGGUCAGGGUGCCAGGAGCUCCAUCUCCGAAGCCCAGUACUCCAGCGACUCGGACUCGGACACAGAGGAGUACCGGCAGGUCAAAGACCGUGUCAACCCUGUGACGGGGCGGGUGGAGGUGGAGCAGCCGAACCCCAUGGACGGCAUGACAGAGGAAGAGAAGGAGGAAGAGGCCAGGAGGCUGAUCAUGAUCUUCAACAAGCUGUCCAAAGAUAACAUCAUCCAGCCGAUGGGAGUGGAUGAGGAGGGGAAGCUUGUCCCGAUGAAGGGUCUGGAGGAAAAUCCUCUCUCAGAGGAAGCAAAGUCUGAGUCGGACAACGAGGCAGAAUCAGACAAAGAGGACUGAGACAUGUUAAAUCACUUAAUUCACUUUAUUGGUUGGGUUUUGUAAACAUCCCAUUACUUAGGUUUGGUUGGUACAUAAACUGAAUGCUGUGGUUGGAAACCCAGAGAGAAAAACAGAUAAUCAUUGUUUGACUGUGACUGAAAUCAAGAAAUAAUGACUUCAGACUAAAAAAACAAAUGUAGAGCAGCUUUACCACUGGUCUGACUUAAGAUUACUGUUCUUAUUUGUGUUGUAGUUCCUGAGGAGAAAUCAAUUUCAUCAUGAUUAUAAUAUCAGUGUUUCAUUAAAGCGCAUUCCUUCUAUUAAAAAUACUCAGCCCUUUCAAAAUCAUUGCAGUAUUUCUUAAUAUGCAACAUCCGAGAGGUUCCAAACAUGUGAGACGAAUCCUACAGCAUACAGCAUAUAUUAUAUGGUACAGACUGUGACGUCUUGUAGGAUAAUAUGGAGCACAUAUGCAAUUUACAUUUUUAGUAUAUGUAAAACCCAUUGAGAUAAAUUCGUCUUUUACUGCAGCAACACAAUCUCGCAUCAAGAUUUCUUUAAAAAUUCAACCUUUAAGCUCACCAUGAAUGCCUGUUGAUGCAUAUUCAACACACGGCAAGGAUCAUAUUAGAAAUUUGCCACCCACUAGUGGUUGCUGUGAAAGUUAUUUCAUUUGAUGCCUAAUUUAGAUUGUUUGGAUAAUAAAUACUAAAUUCGUAUCUUA